CUGCAAUUCUCUAGAAGCAGCAGGGCCUUCAGAAAGCAUGGAUUUCUGUAGUGACCACGAAGUGUCUUCUAUCGAGUCUACAUCUCUAGGAGUGUCACCUGCAGACUCUGUGGACAGCAGUACAGAAAACCAUGUCAGUCUAAGGAAGAAAGUGAAGAACAGGAUCUGCUCACUCUUCAAGAGGACAUGGAAUGCUAUAAAGCGUCCUUCGUUCAGUUGUGAAACACUGACAGAGCCGUUCACGCCUCCGUCACAUGACACAGAUCUAGACGGUGCAGAUUCAUCACGUCUUGCGGAUCCUAGGCUGGCUGAAUGGAGCUUUGACAGUGCCAACAACCCCUUUGAAGGAGGACGUGACAAUAGCCUGGAACUGUUAAGCAUUAGCAGUGAGGAACGAAGUUGGUCUCGGCAGAGUGGCCCUGCUAGAGAAGAGUGCGCAUGUUCUGAUCGUGAGAACACGUACGCAACAGAGUCUUCCCUGAGCCUGAAGGAGCCGAGUGACGAAGUGGCGCCUUCUGUGGAGAACAGCACAGAAAAACACCGCGGUUUGAGGAAAAGGAUGAAGAAAGGGAUUUCUUCAGUCUUUAAGAAAGCAUGGAAGCCCUUAAAGUGGCCCUCCUUCUGCUGCUGCCGUGGGACCAGAGUUGAGCCAUUUGUGCCUCUACAAGAGAACUCGGAGCCGAAUCCAGAGCCAGCUGAUCCCAAACCACACUUUGUUGCAGAGCCCUUUGGUUUUCAAUGA